AUGUCGACUGUUCUAAUUACAGUGAAAUGCAGCAGUUCAGGAUUUGGUUUUGGUGUUGAUACGGUUUCAAAAUCAAAAAAACAUUUUGUCUCUGAAAUUUUUCCAAAUUCACCUGCGUCAUUCACAAACUUAGAAAUCAACGAUAUAAUAUUAGAAAUUAAUAAUAAAAAUGUUCAAAACAAAUCACAUAAUUAUCUCGCAAAACAAAUUAAAAAAUCCACCGGAGAAAUUCUAUUGCUAGUAAAAAGAUUUGAAGUUGUAGAAAUCGAAGAAACGAAACUUUCAACAAACAGAGCAGAAAGUAUAUCACUUCCUAUAGAUACGAAAAAUUAUUCACCUAGAAUAUGCCAGAUUGCAAUAUGGAACGGGGAAGAUCUGGGAAUUCAAAUAAUCAAGAAAGAUCCUGAAAACGGUUUCUUUAUUGUCAAUGUGGAUGAAAAUUCACCAGCGGAUGUUGCAGGAAUUAGAAACAAUGAUAUUAUAUUGGAAAUCGACUCUAUCUCAGUAAAGAAUAUGAAUUUUGAAGAUGUUUUGCAAGCAAUAAAAAUUAAUUGGGGAACAGUCAGUAUUUUAGUUGCGGAUGAAAAUACUUUCAAACAUUUCAGAAAUUCUGGUGCUGAGAUUUCUAGUUCAAUGAAAAAUAUCAAAAUUUUAAAAAACUACAAACAGUGGAGUUAUAAAAACUGGCUUUUCACAAUUGAUAGCAAUUCACUUCAUUCUCGACUAGUCCGCACAAAGCCGGGAUUUAACAUAACCUCUCUUUAA